CGGGGAUGUCUUACGAAUAGCCCUUUUGGCACACGAAAACCGUUUUGUCCUCGAACGACGAUUUUUCGGGACGACGAUGAGUGUUUCCGUGCCUCAGAACAAUUACUAGUGUUUUUGUUUCUAGUAUUUCAAUGAUUUUUUGAUAAGGUCGAAAAUAUGGCUGUAAAUGAACGAGUAUCGCGCAGUUUCGCUUUGGAACAGACGUACGUGCACGAAGUUUACGAACAGUACCACGACAAUCCCCGUAGCAAACCCUGGCCGAAGGUCCAGGAGUUUUUGGAAAAAUUAGAACCCGGAGCUUUAGUUUGUGACGUAGGCUGUGGUAAUGGAAAAUAUUUAAAAGUAAAUAUGUCAAUUUAUAAUUUAGGAGGGGAGAAAUCAAUUAGACUGAGUGACUUAGCUAGGCAAAAACAAAACGAAGUAAUUAGAUUAGACAAUUUGGCACUGCCAUUCAAAGAUAACUGUUUCGAUACGGUCUUAUCCUUAUCGGUGGUACAUCAUUUUGCUACGACUGACCGACGAGUGAGCGCCCUAAGAGAAAUGGCACGAGUUCUAAGAGUUGGAGGCCGAAUGAUUAUAACCGUGUGGGCAAUGGAACAAGAUUACAGGAAAUUCGAAUCGCAAGACGUGUUGGUACCUUGGCGCAGGCCCAAACUGAAAACCCAAUGCGAAACCAACUCAGAAGAUCAUUCAGAUAGCGAUUCAAAUAAAUCGUUUAGGUUUAGAAAUACUUUUAGACGAAAAUCGUACAAGGAUCCUUACAGGAAAACUUCAUCGGGAAGUUCGACGUUAUCUUCACCCAGUGAAACUUGCUACGGCUUUGUUAGAAGGGCCUUGCAGAAAAUCGCUGGAGGAGGUCGUCGAGUUGUUGCAGGUUCUUGGUUUUUGGACAAUUGGAUUGCUUGUAUGCACAAGCAACCGCCUUUACAGAAAAGGUAUGAUCCAGAUGGAUGUGAAUACUGCGAUUGUUCAGGCUGUGAUACCGUAGAAGAUCAGCCUAUAGAAUUGUUGAGAAUAGACGACGAAGAGCCGAGGAAAAUUCCGAGACGGCAAACUUGUCCGGUGCCGCAAAUCAGUGCCGAUAUCGAUGUUUUUAAGUCGAGAAGUAUGAACAAUAUUAGGGCCGCCCUUGAGAAUAACAACAAUAAUAGGUGCAAAUUAAAGCCUCAAAAUGGUUGCAAUCAAACCAAUAAAGAAAAUUCGGAAAAAGCUCUAAAAGUGACCCUCAAAAAGCCAAAAUUGGUCAAACAAAAAAAAUCGCUGUGCGACGAAGACGCCGACGAAGCCUUGGACCAACCAACCGACAUGAAGAAUCUAGUACGAGCCAUGCCCGACUUCAAAUCAACCACAACAAGACAAGAACGCGGAGGCGUCCCAAAACAACGCUCCCUCAACGAAGAAAUCUUGAUGUCCACGGACAGACUGAAAGAGAAAGAAAGACUUAGACAAAACAUCCAAAAACAAACAUCUCUCAAUGAAGAUCUCAUCUACAAGCGGGUGCACACCUUCGAAUCAUUACGAGAAUCGUUUUUAGCAGUUGCGUCUUCAAAAAGCUUCCAAAUGCUAAAAAAUCGAAUCAAAAACUCUACAACGAUGGAAAAAGUAUCCAGCACUUCAUUGAAAAACGGUUUUGUUAAAAUAUUUCAAACAUGGAAAGGUGCCGAACUAAAAUCUCCAAAAGACAACGAAAAUUUGAAAAAUUCACUCAACUGCCAUUCAACUGACAAGGAAUCUAAUGAAAAACCAGGAGAGCGACGUCAUUCAAAAGAAGACGGCUCAGAUUCAUCAAAAGACAGCAGCUUGCAAUCCGAUACAAGCGUAGACUCAGAAGACUCCUUUGCCUCAGUAAUAUUCGUACCAAAAUCUGAUCCAAUGUCCCCAAUAGCCGGAACAAGUUUCUCAGCAGGACCCACUUCACCUCUACUAAAAAACACCUCAGCCCCACAAUCACCUAGAAUCAAACAAUCCAGUUGUCCAACAAGUCCUAGAGUCAAACAAGUCCCAAACAAUUUGACCAAACAACUUAGUUCGCCGAAACCCUCCACAGAAUUACUGACGACAUUUUUUCCAAUAAAACCUACACGAAAACAAAUGGCUCAGAAAUACUCAGUGCAACCAAUACCGCAAUUUAAAAAGACCAUUCAUAACACUCCUCCAGAAAUAAUCGUGCCAAAUGUUAUAAGUCCAACAGACGAAGCUUCUAGAGCUGAAAAGCUGAAAAAAAUUCGAGAUAUUUUAGCGCAAAAGCCUGGAUUUGGUAGCAAGUCCAAGUCGCAUUGUCCUAUAGUGAGGAAAAUUUCGGAUCCGGCUAGGAAGGACCAAAGCUUGGCUAAAUCAAUUCCGAAGUUGCUCAAGUUGGAAAUUUUCAAUCCAGAAGAGGAUGAUGAUAGUGAUAAUAGUUGCGUUUCUUCGCCUGAUAGUGUCAAUGAGAAAUUUCUGUUUUCUGAUGAAAGUCUUCUGGAAGCAACUGCCAAUGUAGCGAGUAGUUUGGAGGAAGCUGUGGACAAAGUUAUUGGUUCCAGGCCUAAAAAGAAGUUGCCCUCUGUUGAUGUAUUUUCCAUUUUACACAGAAGAUUGUCAUCAGAUACAACUCCCCUAUUAGAAGAAGAUGACAAAAACAUACCAAACGGAGACUCGAGAAGACCGAGCAACACCUGGAACGAAGAAUGCCACAAACAUCUCACAGCUUUUGCCGACAAACUGAGCGAAAAACUAAUGAAGGAGCUUGAUGAGUACCAACUGACGAUGGACAACAUCGACGAUCCAUAUAUUCACCGUUUGAGCGAGGAACUGCACGAUCUCUCGAUACUCAGCGACGAAAUCCGAAAGCAAAACGACUAUUUACGACUGUCGCAAAAACCAGCGAAAUCGUGCGCAAAGUGCAAAAAGCAGUGCGCUUGCGCCCGACCCUCAAUCAAACUGAACAAUAUUAUCAGCACGCCUUGUGUAAAUAACAGUGUGAAUCCAGCUUUAAAUAGUUUAAGUAAACGUAAUUAUGUAAAUAUUAACGUGAUCAAAUCGGAAGACAAUGAAAGAUUCAACGAGGAAUCUUCCAAAAGAUUUUUGAUAGCUAAAGGAAGCUCGUCAGAAUCGUUUGAUUCCAGUGAUAAAGGUAGUAGCAGCAAUUCUUUGCUGUCAAGCGGAGCAACUUCGAUUAACUUCGCCGGUCAAUCCAUAGCGUCAUCGGUGACAGAUUUAAGUUCUACUGCCUCGUUGGUGUCCACAGAGUCCAAGAGAACUAUGGAUACUUUGUUGCCUGGAAACUUGAAACGUAGAGACGGGUCUGGAUUGAGCGACGUUAGCGCCGAUUCAUCGUGGCCUUCUGAGGAGGUUGGAGGGGAAAUUACUUAUCAUAGGUACUACCACGUAUUUCGGCAAGGUGAACUGGAAAAGCUAAUAGAAAAGUACGUGGACGAUCUUCAUGUGGUAUCGUCGACGUACGAGCACGCCAGCUGGUGCAUAAUCGCCGAAAAGGUUCAAAUCUGGACCAUCUGACCAUCAAGUCAACUUAGCUUUAAUAACGACCAAUGGUCAUUCUUUCGCACAAUGUAUAUUUCUACUAGAAUAGAUUUUUUUAUAUUAUGCCUUUCAAGUUAGGAAUCUUCAGAUAAAUGAUAAUGUGGCAGAAAUUUAGCUUAUUUUUGUUUUUGGCUCAAGUUCCUCUCGUUGAAAGUCAUUAUUGUAAAUAUUAUAACAAAUUUUCACGAAUUUAAUUUCAUUUGCAAAGUUUUAGUAAGGGCCAAUUUUUCUUGUUGUUGAUAAAAGUGAUGAGUAUCUGUACUCGGAAAAGUUUCAAGUAUGUCUUUCAUGUUACCAAAAAAUUGGCAAGUUUUAAAUAAAUAAUGUUAAAC